CCCGGCGGCAUCCUGGCGGACGACAUGGGCCUGGGCAAGACCAUCCAGGUCAUCGCCUUCCUCUCGGGGAUGUUUGACGCCGAGCUCAUCCAGCACGCGCUGCUCAUCAUGCCCACCACCCUGGUCAGCAGCUGGCUGGCUGAGUUCGCUCGCUGGACCCCCGGCCUGCGCGUCAAGGAGUUUUACGGCACCAGCAAGGCAGAGCGCACCCGAAACCUGGAGAGGGUCCAGAGGAAGAACGGCAUCAUCGUCACGAGCUACCAGAUGCUCAUCAACAACUGGCAGCAGCUGGCCAGCAGCUAUGGGCAGGAGUUUGUCUGGGACUAUGUCAUUCUUGACGAAGCGCAUAAAAUCAAGUGCCCGUCGAACAAAACGACCAAGUGCGUGUAUGCGAUUCCUGCAAAGCACCGCAUCCUCCUCACGGGCACCCCGGUGCAGAACAACCUGCGGGAAAUGUGGUCCUUGUUUGACUUUGCAUGCCAAGGCUCUCUCUUGGGAACGGCCAAAACUUUCAGAAUGGAGUACGAGGCUCCUAUUACUAGGGCAAGGGAGAAGGACGCAACUCUAGGUGAGAAAGCACUGGGGCUAAAGAUGUCCGAGAACCUAAUGACAAUUAUAAAGCCCUAUUUCCUCAGAAGAACUAAAGAAGAUAUCAAAACCAAUCACACUGACAAACCAGACGCUCCUCUUCCCCAGGAUCUGAGUGAGAGCCGUGCUCCUGUCAUGCCAUCUCUCACUAGGAAAAAUGACUUUGUCGUGUGGGUGUACUUGUCACCAGUGCAGGAGGAAAUCUACAGGAACUUUCUCUCUCUGGAUCAUGUGAAACAAGUGCUGAUGACAACCCGAUCGCCUCUGGCUGAGCUGAAUAUCUUGAAGAAGCUCUGUGACCACCCCAGGCUUCUGUCUGCGAGAGCGUGUGUCCAGCUGGGCUUGGAAGAGCAGGAGUACUCGGAGCAGGAUCACGGGAGCGAAGGAGAGAUGCUUUCAGGUGCUAAUAAGUUAGACCAUCUCUCGGAUGAGACCGUGAUCCACGAGUCUGGGAAAAUGCUGUUCCUUGUAGGGCUUCUAGAAAGACUGCGAGAAGAGGGACACAGAACCCUGGUGUUUUCGCAGUCGAGGAAGAUGCUGGAUAUCGUAGAGCACGUCUUGUCUCGCCGACAGUUCAAGAUCAUGCGCAUUGAUGGGACUGUGACCCACCUCACGGAGCGCGAAAAGCGCAUCAACGCCUUUCAGCAGAACAAGGACUACUCCGUCUUCCUGCUCACCACGCAAGUUGGUGGUGUGGGGCUAACUUUAACAGCUGCCAGCCGAGUGGUCAUCUUCGACCCCAGCUGGAAUCCAGCUACAGAUGCUCAGGCUGUAGACAGAGCUUACAGGAUCGGGCAAAAAGAGAACGUGGUCAUUUAUAGACUGAUUACCUGUGGUACAGUGGAAGAGAAAAUAUACAGGCGGCAAGUGUUUAAGGAUUCGUUAAUAAGACAGACGACCGGUGACAAAAAGAACCCGUUUAGGUAUUUCUCCCAGCAGGAACUAAGGGAGCUGUUCACGUUAGAAGACACUCGAACAUCCACAACUCAGAUUCAGCUGCAGUCUUUGCACGCCACCCAGAGAAAGACAGACGUGCAGCUGGACGAACACAUUGCUUAUCUGCACUCUCUGGAGAUGUUUGGCAUUUCCGAUCACGACUUGAUAUUUACGAGGGAAAUAGCUCACGAGGAGCAGGUUGAGAGCGAAGAAGCCCAUCAGUACAUUCAACAGAGGGUACAGAAAGCCCAUGAGCUAGUCCAGUUAGAGUCUCAGCUUGGAGAACAGAGGAUGGAGGACAUCAGAAAUGCUCACGAAGAGACAUGGCAAAGACUACCAGAAGGUUUUUGUGGGCCAAAGAAUGUGUUUCCAGGUUCAAAUAACAUAAAUCGUUUUGUUCCACCACCAGCAGCAGCUGAUAAACACGAGAACGAGCAAGUUAUUGAUCUCAGAGAGGACGAGGAGGUCCAGGUUCUUGCCGUCAGCUCCAAAAUGACAAGCCUGACUAUCGUCGACUUGGAUGAAAAUCAACCGGUGCAAGACGUGUCCAGUGUGGAUACAGAGCUGUGUAACACCAGCGAGGCAGUGAAACAACACAGCAUACAAGAAUCCGAGCAAAAUCUUGAAUCGAGCAUUACACCAUCAUCACCUGGACUUCAUCCACUUGGUAAAGAGAACCAGAGCCUUGAACCAGAAGAGUGUUCCCCUGUAAAUCCAGACAGCCUGGCUGAGGCAGGGAAUGGCCUGUAUGGGCAUCACCAGCAUUCUCCUAACGAGUCUGGUAUGGCUGACGAUCCCAACAGGUUAAAAGACGCAGAAAUGUCAGAUCUUGACUCACGUGCUGCCUGGGGGACAGAUAAGGAUGACGUUCCUGAGCUCGCUUUGGCUGCUGCAGCACCAGUCACGCCAGAAAUCCACGCUGGGCUCCAGAAGUCGCUUGUGUCAGGAGCCAGCUUGGAGGAUACGUCUGUGCUUUCUUUCCAGGACCAAGUUGAUUUCAAUCUGGUCUUGGAAGAGUCUGCAGAUGAAUGGAAAGAUGCCUCAAGUAGGGCCAGAUCACUGGAGCACCUAGAAAGGGAGGGCUUCCAACUAGAAGCAGAAAGCUUCUGUAAAUCUCCUGCAAAAAAAUCUCUCACAAAACCUUGGCCAAGUAAGAACAGUAACUGUGGUGAGCCCUGUGACACAGCUGAAGAAGAGCCAGAUAACUCCCUGCAAAGGAGUGAAGCGUCAGAGGGAAGCAGUGUUGGCCUUGCUUCUGGUAGAAAGAAAACCUGGGGGAGGAUUGUUUCAGACAGUGAGGAUGAAGACCAUUCCAUUAUGACCCCCGAGGAGAACCAGCCUGAAAAAAGGCCCUCGCCUUUAACCAGCCCUGUGCGUCGAUUUCGGGAAGGAAUUAACGCAUCCACUCCUAAAUGUGUCAGAAGCAGAGCAAAACCCACCUCUUCUCCCCAGCUAGCUAGCAGUGGCAGCAGGUCUACCGCUUCCAGGCGAUCUCUAAUCAACAGGGUGGUGGAUGAGGUUGAGGAUAUUGGGGAAAUCAUGGGAAGCACUGGUGAGGAAGACGACAGCGAGAGUGCUGAGGAGCAAGAUGACCUUGUGGAAGAGGAAGCUGAAGAGUGUAGCGAGGAAUCUGCUGAGCCUGAGGAAGAACCUACUGGAGAAACGCUUCAUACAACUGACAAAUCCUAUGUGCCCGGCACGUCCUCCGAGCAGUCUGAAGCAGAUGAGACGGAGUCAUCUCAGGAGGAAUCCACUGGCGAUGCUGAGCUCCAGUCGGGGGAGCAGAUAGACUACUUCACCCAGGAAAGUGCCUCCGAGAAAGAGGUUGGUCCGAGCUCCCCUCCUGCCGCAGGUGAUUAUGAUACCUUGGUAGACAGCGGGAAGAAACUUAAGGAUGACGGAAAACUGCAGGAGGCAUUGAACUGUUUCCUGCAAGCUCUUGACAUAAAAAAUGGAGAUCCUGAAGUUAUGCUUAUGACUUUAAACUUGUACAGACAGCUAGCCCAGAAAUGA